AUGAAGUUGAAGCUUCUAAUUCCAACUCUCUUAUCCACUCUCAUCUCUUCCUUUUAUAUAACUUCCCCCCAACCCCUUGAAACUACCACAACCAUCACCGCUGGCAUCGACGCCAUCACCGAUACAUCUAUCCCCUUCGACUCUGAUGGUCAUGAGGUCCAACCAGGGUUAAAGUACCAUAUAACCCCAAUCCAAUCAAACGAUAGUAGCGGUGGUGGCCUCUCUCUUGCUUCACGAGAUGGUAUUUGUCCUCCCUUUGUUGUUCAAGAAAACACCCAACUCUCAAACGGUCUCCCUCUUAGAUUUGUACCACUUGACACAAAACAAAAUUCCAUAACCUUGUCGAGUGAUCUCAACAUUUUGUUUAAUGCUGCAACAAUAUGUGUUCAGUCCACCGUAUGGAGGGUGAUCAGUGGUGGCGGUUUUGGUGGUGGAAAGUACUACGUGAGGAGUGGCGGCGUGGUGGGUCGGCCAGGGGUGGCUACCGUAAGUAAUUGGUUUAGGAUCGAGAGGGUUGGGGAUAUUGGAUAUAAAAUAGUGUUUUGUCCAAGUGUUUGUAGUGGUAGUUGUAAAGUUGUGUGUGGAGAUGUGGGGAUUUUAGAGGAAAAUGGAAAGAAAUGGCUCGCCCUUGGUGACAAACCACUUGUCUUUAUGUUUCAGAAGGCUUAA